UUCCCCUUUUGAGGUCGAAAACGUAUAUAUCCAAGAUAUCUCCCAUCAGUUUGGCAAGAACAGUUCGAAGAACGAGAACACUCUAUUCAUAUCGGAUUUCCUUUCAUUUGCGAUCAUGGCAAACAGUCAUCUUCCCAACUGUCACCCGGACAUCACGCCGGACUGGCAGGACCUUGGUUACCCUCGGACUAGUUUUGAACAAGCAAUUGCUCUUGAGCCUGUUCAAGAAGAACAAGGGUGUUAUGCUGGCUUUGCUCCGAAGGAUUGGUGUACUCCACAUGGUCGCGACCUCUUCCUCCAUGGCGGAUAUAUAGCUGGAUUGCUCAUCCGGGCGAGUCGGUCAUACUUUCACGAUUCCCACGGCAAACUCAACCAGCCAGAUCCGAUUCACAUGAAUCUGCAUUUUCUGCAGCUAAUUCCCCCGGGUGCAUUCCAUAUCCAGCUCCAAGCCAUUAAACUGGGUCGGAGACAUUCAACCAUCCAAGCGAAAAUCGUAUCACCAGACACCAGAAACCCAGUCCUAUACAGCCUGGCUGUUCUGACCAUGGGUAAUCUCAAAAUCAAGUCUGGCGUCAAUCUGAAUCUACCUCCAAUUCCGAUUCCAGACAGAGAGCGUGAGUGCGCCCGUUGGACGAACGCAGCACUUUAUAAAUUUCACCCAUGUACUUCGAGCAUUCGAUACUAUAACCCUAAAGGUGGUGAAAGCCUUCUAUGGAGCCCUAAGAGAGGCCGAAACUGGCGCGAUCAGUGGGGAAAGUUGGAUUCUGGCGAGAAUUUUCGCUUGGAGCAUCUUGGCGUGAUGGCAGAUCUUAUUCCCCCUAUCCACAUGAACUAUCUGAAGAACGAACUGGCCGCUGUACUCGAUUAUGAGUAUAGAACUAUGAGUAUGGACUUUGACUUCCGUGCAGACCCUGCUGCUAAGAUGGAAUGGAUUUUGAAUCGCGCAACGACGUACAAACUGGAGGGCGGACGGUUCGACAUGCAUAUUCAGAUGGUGGACGAGAAUGGGAACCUGGUAGCGACGGUGCACCAGUCUAACUUGAUAUUUGAGAAUGGGCGGAGAAAGGCCCCAAAAUCCAAAUCCUCUCUCUGA